AUGACGCACAAACUUCUGACCAGCAGCAAAGCCUUCGACUCCCGCACUGGAAAGGCUCGCGGACUGGACUACCUCUUAGUUCGUGACAACGACCAGCCAAUAUUGAUAUCAUCUCGAUCAGUUACGCCUGAGCCGUCACCACGACUUGACAAGAAGGCACUCAAGCAGUGGUCGGCGCGGCUUCCGCUCGAUUUUGUCUCGGCAGGCGAGAGAGACAUGCGCGAGUCACUCCAACACAACUUGCACCGGACGCAUCAGGAUCAGGUUCAGUAUAUCAUGACAUCGGAGAAGCUCCUGUCCUGGCUCGAAAAGCCCGAAUUAGGCCUACUUGUUAGACAAUGCCAGACCGCACCGCAGACCCAGGCGAACGCAAUGUCGCUCUCGUCCGCCUUCCUGGCACAGAGCCUUCGUCAGAGCCACGACAGCCCCGUCUUACAUCACUCCUGCGGGCUGCGCACCGAAGAGGGCCCCCGCAGGGCUGACACAUCGGGCACAAUCGCCGUCAUAAACAGCCUCAACUCGCAACUUGCCCACCAGCUUCAGAACCAUACGGACCUGUCCUUCCUCGGGACGAACAAAUACUGCGGGAGGAGCCAGACACGCCUGCGUCCGGCACUGAAGUUGCUCAAGCGCCUGGUGGACGAGGUCUCAGAAAAUGAGUCGGUGUUCAUCAUCAUCGACUCACUGUCCCGGAUGAGCGGCGACGCAGAAGACGAAGGGCAGGCCAUCAGGUGCAUUUCCCGGCUCGUCGACCGGUCCGCAGCACCUUUGGUCAAGGUCCUGCUGACGGACCUCCUCCCCGAUCACACGCCACAGCUUUCGGCCGACGGAGACGAGCUGUACGUGCCGGAUCGUGUCGACGUCGGCGGCCAGGGGCUGAACACGGAGUACUUGCACGAGGUGUCCAAGGCUUCCAUCGGGCGGUUCGAGGCGCGGCGCCGCGGUGGUGGCUCUGCCAGCGAUUUUGGGAGUUCCAGUGAGGAGUCGGCGAGCUCUGACAGCGACGUGGAUACCAGUAGCGAUGACAGUGACUAG